CCUCUUUUGUCUUUAGAAAAGAAAAGGAGAACUCUCAAAUGCUGUGUCAAUUCAGGAACUCAGUAGAACAAUGGGAUCCCAUGCUGAGGUAGAAAAUUUGGAUGAAGAUGGUUAUACUCAAUUAGACUUCCACUAUCAAGGCAUCACUGGGAGACGUGUGGUGUUAGAGAAAGUAACAUGUGCUACAUCUCCUCAUUGGCGUUCCAUUGCUCUGACUUUGGGAAUCCUAUGCUUGCUAAAACUGGUCAUAGCUGUGAUCCUGGGUACCAUGGCUAUUUGGAAAUCCAAUUCAGGGAGCAACCCAUUGAAGAACGAUACCUUUCCAUCAAGAAAUAAAGAGAACCACAGUCUACCCACACAAUCAUCUUUAGAAGACCACGUGACUCCUACCAAGUCUCUCAGACCCACAGGAGAUUUUUCCAGCUCUUGUCCUCCUAACUGGAUCAUACACAAGAACAACUGUUAUCUAUUUAGCACAUCAUUAACUUCCUGGAAUAGAAGUAAAAGUCAGUGUUCUCAACUAUACUCUAACCUCCUGAAGAUAGACAGUGCAGAAGAACUGGAAUUUGUAGUAAGGCACAUGUCUUCUCAACCUGAUAAUUCAUUCUGGAUAGGACUUUCUCGCCAUCAGACUGAAGGACCAUGGCUCUGGGAGGAUGGCUCAGUGUUCUCUUCUAACUUGUUUCAAAUCAGAAGCACAGAAACCCAAGAAAGCUCAUCUCACAGCUGUGUGUGGAUUCACCUGUCGAUAAUUUAUGAUCAACUUUGUAGUGUGCCCUCAUACAGUAUUUGUGAGAAGAAGUUGUCAAUAAAAUGAUUGGGGUGUCACUGUGGAAGACCAGAGAGAAGUAUUUAAAAUAAUAAGAAGGGCAGAAAACAAAACAGAAAAGAGAUAUUUGAGGUCAAAAUAACAGCUAAAAAUAUCAAGAGAGCUCAGCCAACUUUAAUCUUAGAUGAGAAUGGAGAAGCUAUAAUUCUGCACUUGCCAAAUGAAUUGGAAGUCCAGUAUUAGGUUCUAGUUAAUACAGCCCUAGAAAUGGAGUCAGGUCAGAUGAACUUAUAUCUUUUGAGUUAAUAUUAACAUGGAAUUUGCCAUAAAUCCUUGGUGUUUCAAGAAGAUAAUUAUUUCUGGGUCUACCAGGGUUGCUUUUUGUCCUUAAAAAUUGCCCCUGUGUUUCCAUGACGUGUUUCUCCAUGUCUAAUAGUGUAUCAGACACAGGUAGAAGGAAGAAUGUAUUUCUGAACAGCAAAAGGAAAUGAAAAAAUUAUCUUCACUACAAUCAGAGUUAUUUUAUUAUUUUGAUCAUCAAUAUGGCUAUGUUAAAAAAAUUAUGAAAAAAACCAAGCAACUCCAUCUCUUUUUUAUCCUCAAAUAGCUCAGGGAAUAUGUCUGCCACAUAUCUGAGUAAUAGGAUCUUGUAUAAUGUGAAGUAGUUAUAAAAAAGUAUUCUCCAUUGUAAAUACUAUCAAUCAAAAAAGAUCUGGUAAUGAAUAUAGAACAACAACAACAACAAAAACAAUAAUCCAGGGGACUUGGGUGGCUCAGUUGGUUGAGCAUCCAACUCUUGAUUUCAGCUUGGGUGGUGAUUUCAGGAUCUGAAAUUGAGCCCUGAAUCAAGCUCCACACUCAGGUCAGAGUCUCCUUGAGAUGCUCUCUCUUCCUCUUUAUCUGGCCCUCUAUGUCCAUGCUCAUGCAUGAUAAAAUCUUUUAAAAAAACAACUAUCCUAUCACUGAGGUAUUAACAUUCUGGAAGGCAAAACUUGUCUUACUAUUUUUUAAUGAUUACUGUUUUGCAGUUUUUAGAAAAUUUUCAGUAAUUACCAUUAGAGGGUAUUUUUGGAACAUGUUUCCUUAUGUGAUAAUUUGUCUUUGUCUUAUUUUCUCUUAAAUUUUCCCCCUGGUCCUGUUUUUAUUUCCAAAGGGGACUUCCAUAUUAUUGGAGAGGGAGUUACAUCCUUCUUUGGUUAUUAACAUGUGAACGGAAAUUACAUCAAGUUGUUAUGU